GGUGGACGGAGGCAGAUGUUCAAUGUUGGACAACAAUAUCGGUCUUAUAGUCAUUCUGAGAACUUGUUUCCUGCUACCUUCUCGACCUCGCUAAAAUUUUACACGUCACCACGUUGCCAAGAAAUCGAGAAGUAUAUUAUCGAAAACAAAUCACAAAGUAUGAAAUCUCGUAACGAAGUAUAAAGUGAGUUAGUGGUAAUCGAGGACAAUUCUAGAGACAAAUCAUCAAAGGGACUAACUCGGGAAGCGCCGAGAUGCAGGUCAGCGGCCGGGCGAAGGUGGUGCUGGUGAGCGUCCUGUUCUGCCUCUACUGGUCCGGCUGCUUGGCCUUCGUGGUCCGGUUCCUCGCCUCGGGUCUGGUCUCUCGCCUCGGGGCCGUUGAGUCCUUUGUGACAGGAGGAGAGGAACCCGCGGAGGAGGGCGUCCUGGGGGUGGUGGAGAAGGCGGUGCAGAAGGAAACAGAAGUAGUGUCUAACAAGCUGGACGAGAUGAUUUCCAAGAUGGAGAGCUUGGUGGAGAACACAGAUCUGUCUGUAAUGGAUAACGAGGAAAUGAUGAUUACCUUUGGGAAGCUGUAUGAUUUGUUCCCCAUGAUGGACAACCUGUUCGCGCGCGUCCUGGAGGCCGAGUCCGUGCUGGCGGUGAACCCGAGGGGCGACUUCUACGAGAUGCAGCGCCGUUAUGAUGCCCUGAGGGAGACCUUGGAGCUGAAGAGGAAGGAGAAGGAGGAGCUCUGAUUGUUUUUAUUUAUUUAUUUUAUUUUAUUAUUAUUAUUAUUUUUUUUUUUUUGGUAUUUUUUUUGUUGUUCUUAUUUUUCUUCUUUUUGGUUUCGAUAUGUGUUUUGUUUUGUAACAAAUGCGUUUUUUUUGUUUCUGUUUUUUUUUUUUAACAUUUAGUUGUUUCGUUUGUUUCCCAAUAAAAGUUGAAUUAAACCUUGCAAAAA